AUGGAUUCAAAAUAGAGAUUCUAUUAAUUAAUUCUAGUUUACAAUUAAUCAUAUGAAAAGAUGAUUGCAGUUUUGAAUACUGGAGUUUAAAUUUUAGCAAUAGACAAAUAAAAUAUAAAGUUAUUAUGUAUGGAUAUACAAAAAUUUAAUCCAUUGAUAUUUAUUUUGGAAGUGCCAAAAGAACUUUAAUUUUGUUGCAAUUAAUAAAAAUUAUACAUUUUAUUAUUUUGGAACAAUGACUGGUGA